AGCAAGUUUUGCUAAGAAAGGAACCAUACAAGAAUACAAAGGAUCAAAGAUUACAUUCGAUUAAUACCAAUAAUUAUUAACUGCUAUUUAUCCAUAUUUAGCAUUGUAUUUUAGAUAUUMAUUUUAUAGCAGUCUUAGUAAUCUWUCAGAAUGUAUGUCAAGGUCAUGCACAAUUGUUGACAUUAUACUAGGUAUUUAUGGUAACAUCAAGGAGUUUUAUGCAUAACAGUGAAAAAUUAAGAAAAUGUCUUGAAAUUUUAUUUGUUUUAUUCAAAAUUUUGGACUGAAUUAACCAUUUUGUAAUGACAAAAUUGUACACCUUUUCAAAUACUUCAGAUGCUCAAUCUGAUCUGUAUUAUAGUAAGGAUUAUACUGUUCCUGUGAUUGAAARGAUUUGUUUCCAGUCUCCUCAACAUUAAAGUGGCASAGGAAGCCCACAACCAGUCCACUUCCAUACAAAUGUCUCCAUAUUUGGUUUUAUCAUAAACAUGUUGUAAAUAUAUACAUCUGUAAUGGUUUAGCAGAUUAGAAAGCAUUUCAUUUGGAAAUAUCUUUUCAUUUCAUGUUCAAUUUGUAUUUUUAAGACCUCAAAAAAAUCAUUAAAGCUUUACCUUCACU